AUGGAGCAAGCAAGUCUCAAUCGCCUCUAUCCCCUGGAACGCCAGAACUUGGAGGCGCAUGGGAAGAAAGUGAAGCCCUGGGUUUCUUUAAUAGAGGAAUUCUUGCGGCGAAACUCGAAAGAUGCAGGGACACACUCGGCCUCCGGCAAUUCAUCGGGGAUAACUCGAAGGUCGUUUGCAGAGACUAUCGACUUGGCCAACCAUCUGAGCACCGCCCGGACGGAGCUCAAUAGGGACCUUUUAGCUCAUAUUGGGUUCAAGUUGAACAACUGGUCAACGGUAUACGGCACGCUCAGCAGAUUAGUGGAUGCUGCGGAGGCAGUCUGGGAGGCUUCUGCCUCGCCGCCUGGAGUCAUAGAGGAUAGAGCCAAAUGUUCGAAGCUCUCGCUCGACGAACUUACCGAUGAGGAUUCCUCCCCACAGUCCCGGCGGACUUCGAAAAUUACCGGAUUGGCCAGUCUGGAUUCGCUUACCUAUAGGCCAUUCGCGCGCGACUACCAUAUGUUGCUCAUGGCUGAAGUUUGGAAAAGUUUAGGCAUAAUUAUUCUCUACGCUGUAGAUACGUCUCCGGCUAAAUCCAAGCUAGCCAUGUCAGUGGUGUAUCGCACCCUUGCGCGGCUUCACCAUUCUGGUCUUGUUUCUGAACGUGUCUACAAGUACACCACUCCAGGUAUCUAUCAGGCUACGUUUCGGCCCCCGGGAAUGCAUCUACUAUCCAGUCACAUCAUGGACGUCCUUUCGGACGCUGCCUGGACGGUGCAUGAGGCUGAAGUUGCAGCGGAAGCAGCUGCCGCAGGAAAAGACGCCCCCUUUCUUCCUGCCAAGAUCAACAUCAAAGAGCUAGGGCACGAGAUUUGGUUGGAAUUCAUCCUGUGGUGCUGCGUCGAACAUGGACACAUCAACGAGGGAAUCUGGCUGGUUGAUAAAUUGGUGAGUCGACAACGAAAAGGGUGGAAGUUCCAGAGCUGGGCGCCCCUUCUUCGCGACGAACAAUCCUUGCGCAACACUAGGAUCAGCCGAGAAGUCUCAACAUGGCCUUCACCCGAUUCGGCAAGUGUCAGUCCCGAACCGCAGAAACGUACCGACUCUCCCUCGCUUUUUCACGGGCUGGGCAAGCAAACAAUCAGUGUUGAAGUAGUUCAAGCAUUGUUAGAUAACCUGCUCAACCUUGUUCAUAUGGGAAUGAGCACCGGGGGUACACCUGCGACUGAACUUCUCCGUCGCAUCGACAACCUCAAGUUCACAAUUACCUCCGCUACAGCAUCUGACUCCAAAUUUCUGCCCACAAUCAGAGCAGCUAACUGGUUUACUACCCGUGUGAUGGAAUCAGGCGGGCUGAUCCCCGAAGCUGAUCCGCAAACGUUUGAUGAUUUCCUCAAGCUUACACCUCAUGUUGUCCCGCCUUGGAGCAACGGCAUGUGCCCUGUAGAAGAGGAGGCCCUAGCAAAACUUCAUCGAUCUCAGCUCUACGACGACACGUCUGCUUUUACCGGCUUAAUGGAAUACAACCUGAAGUUCCACUCUUUUCAGAGAUUUACCGGAAGCGCCCUGAACUUGUUUGCCCAUUUGCAAGCCGUUAUGGACACGUGCAAAAUGCGACGCCUUGAUGAUUUCUUUUCGUCACAGGUAGGAAGCGAUAGCGCCCAUCCUUCCAGCCAUAGCGAUGAUAUUGCACCCUUCGAAUCGUCGAUUCCGCAACUUUCAAACGUUACGCUUGCCCAUUUGUUCGAUCUGAUUACUGUAUCACGAGCGUACGCAUUCGGCGAGUGGCUGCUUUUGUCUGGUGAUAUCGAUGGGCCUACAGUGCCCGCAAGCGCAUAUGGAGAUCAGGCCUUGGCACCAUCUCUCUUGCGGUUCGCGGCUGCUACCAAGAAUGACACUGUAGGCGAGUCCGUCGUACAAUCACUCGCUGAGCCUAUCUCUCUCAACACUCUUCGGGCGCUCCUAAACUAUCGCAUCACCAUGCAUCAAUGGGACCGGGUCGUCCCAACCCUCAGGUACAUUCGCGAUAAUCGAAUCAAGACUUGGGCACAUAGCAACAUCGCGGCCAUUGCUGCGGAGAUCAUCCGUCUGGAGCAUGCCCUACGGCUACAGCCGCAAGUACAAAACCCGGACGACACGGUGAUUUCCGAUAUUGAAGUGAAUCUUGUGGAAGCAAAGAAAGUCCUCUAUCGCAUUUUAUUCGGCGAGUUUGACGAAAAUCCUUGGCGCAAGCGCCGCAACCCUAACUUCCAAGCGCACACCCUCAUCAGUUUCACACGCCUCUUCCGUCAUUUGCCCUCUCCUUCUCUCCACGAAAUCGCCGACUCCGUCUUCGAGUCUGAGUACGUUCCUAUGUACCGUCUUCCUUAUAUCCCCUCCCCGCCGUUCCACACUGUUCUCGCCGCUAUCGUCGAGACUCAGGGUCCUUCCGCUGCCAUGAAAAUCUAUAAGCGCUUUUGUGUGAGUUACAGCUCACCGGAGUUCAGUCAUCUUGUCGUAGGCGGUAUUACGCGUUUCUAUCAGAAGGCUGAGCGGGAUUUUCGGAGAGGCGAUCCAGACUUCGACGCCGCUUAUUUCCACCACCUUCAGAAGAAAAUGGUGUUCCCUAAUCCGAAUACUGUGAGAAUUCUUACCCAGGCGGCUGUUCGGGAAUACCAAGCUGCUGUAGCCGAGAUUGAGGCGGAGGCAGAGGCACGGCCAGAGUCAAAUCCAGAGUCCGCGCCAGCGUCGCCAGAGUCAAGUUUAGAAAGCACGGUACCUGAGCAGUCUUCUGGUGAACCCUUGUCUCUUCCCACCGACGAUGAAAUCGAUCCGCUUUCGAGCCAAUCGUCAUCACCUCUAACACCCGCGGAAAGGAAAGCCGAGGCAGAAAGAACCCUCAUCUUCUGCAUCAGACGCUUCGAGAUUUUCCACAUGAGCGACAUUGAGAUUGCCCGUGAGGUCGGCGAAGAACUCUACUCUAACUACAAAAUAACCAACAAAGAUAGACGAGAGUGGGACCGCCGAAUGAAAAGCGAGUCAAAGCGCAAAUGGGAGAAGCUGCAGGAAUUGCAAGGACGGUUGAAGGUGACCGGAGACACCCAUCAAGACAUCAAGAAUAACGCGUCCAUAAACAGAAAAGAGAGACGCGUAAUAUGGCAAAAGAUGCGGAAAUUGAGAGAGAAGCUGAAGGAGAAGGAAAGGGCUCGGAACGAUACCAAGCUGCACGUCCUCUUGGACAUGGCCACACGUGAGCGUGAGCGCAAGCCCGACCACGAACCCGUGCCUAUGACAAAAAGCGAGAUGAGGCGGCACAGGCGCCAAAAAGGCAUUGAGAAGAGAAAGGCCAGGGAGAAAGACGAAGAAUCUAGACCUUGA